UAUUCUGUGUGAAUCCGGAUAUCUCUCCUUGCUGAUUGCGAAGGGAAACAGUGUAGUCAUCAGCUGUAACCUGCACCACUGCCUCUGACCCCCUCUCCCCAGACUUGCUGGAGUACAGGCCUCUCUGGCAACAUGUCAUUGAAACAGGAAAGACAAGUUGAUUCUUCUACAUUGAAGAAACUUGCCACAGACAUGAGUAAUCUUAUAGAAAACCUUGACUCCAGGGAACUCCACUUUGAAGGGGAGGAAGUGGAUUCUGACAAUGCAAAUGACCCUAAAGCGAGUGGGGCCUACAUUCCAUUCUCUGCCAUCUACAAAACAAAAGGCUUCAAAGAGCCUGAUCUCCAGGCAUACUUGGUGGGAUUCCCCAUUAAAGUCAGAGUUUUAGAAAUGGAACGUUUUGCUUCAUCUUCCUCGUCCAAGGCUCCUGUUAUAAAUAUUUACACAAUAGAGUUAACUCAUGGGGAGUUUACAUGGCAAGUCAAGAGAAAAUUCAAGCACUUUCAAGAUCUUCACAGAGAACUUCUUCGGUACAAAGCUUUCAUCCGAAUUCCAAUACCAAUCAGGAGCCACACAGUAAGAAGGCAGACAGUGAAGAGAGGAGAUGUCAGGGCAAUGCCGAAUCUACCUCGUAGCACCGAGAUUAUCAGAGAAGAACAGUCCUCAAGCAGAAGGAAACAACUUGAAGAUUAUUUAAACGCUUUAUUAAAAAUGCCCAUGUACAGGAACUACCACGCAACAAGAGAAUUCAUUGAGGUCAAUCAGCUAUCUUUUAUCCACGACCUUGGACCCAAGGGCAUUGAAGGUAUGAUCAUGAAAAGAUCCGGUGGCCACAGGAUCCCUGGAUUAAACUGCUGUGGUCAAGGAAGCGUCUGCUACCGAUGGUCAAAAAGGUGGUUGGUUGUGAAAGACUCUUUCCUCCUCUACAUGAAGACCGACACUGGCGCCAUAUCGUUUGUCUUAUUAGUGGACAAGACAUUUAGCAUUAAGAUUGGAAAGAAAGAGACCGAGACUCAAUAUGGUUUACGCGUCGACAAUCUUUCCAGAAGUUUGAUAUUAAAAUGUAACAGCUACCGACAUGCACGAUGGUGGGGUCAGGCCAUUGAAGAGUUUGUUGGGAAACAUGGGAAAAACUUUCUUAAAGAGCACAGAUUUGGCUCUUACGCAGCUAUUGAAAAUCACACUCUUUCCAAAUGGUAUGUCAAUGCUAAAGGGUAUUUUCACGAUGUGGCAGAUGCUAUGGAAGCAGCAAAAGAGGAAAUUUUCAUCACGGAUUGGUGGCUGAGUCCAGAAAUCUUUCUAAAGAGACCUGUUGUAGAAGGAAACAGAUGGAGAUUAGAUUGCAUCUUAAAAAGAAAAGCGCAAGAAGGAGUCAAAAUAUUUAUCAUGCUUUACAAAGAAGUGGAAUUGGCUUUGGGAAUCAACAGUGAAUACAGCAAAAGGACACUGAUGCGUUUGCACCCAAACAUUAAGGUCAUGAGGCACCCAGAUCAUAUGUCCUCAUCUGUAUAUCUUUGGGCUCAUCAUGAGAAAAUUGUUGUGAUUGACCAGUCAGUGGCCUUUGUUGGAGGAAUUGACCUGGCUUACGGACGUUGGGAUGACGAUGAACACAGACUGACUGACAUUGGUAGUGUCAAGAGAGUCAUAGCAACACAAUCAACUACUGCCAUAAACACGAUGCUGUCAAGUUCAUCACAAACUCUGAAUGGAGAAGAUAAAAGUCAUAAGAAAACUAGCACAGAAGUCCAAUCCAAGCAAGGAGAAGAAGUUGUAGAUGCUUCAAGAAUUCGAGGAUUUGGCAAAUCCAAAAAGUUUGCCAAGUUCAGCCUUUACAAGCAACUACACAAACACAACCUCCAACAUGCAGACAGUGUGAGCAGCCUAGACAGCCAGUCACAUGGCGGCUCUAUGCGAAGUUUACAGACUGGUGUAGGAGAACUGCUGGGUGAAACACGCUUUUGGCAUGGGAAGGACUAUUGCAACUUUGUCUUCAAGGACUGGGUCCAGUUGGACAAACCUUUUGAUGAUUUCAUUGAUAGAUACCAAACACCCAGGAUGCCGUGGCAUGAUAUCUCUUCCGUUGUUCAUGGAAAAGCUGCACGUGACGUGGCCCGACAUUUCAUCCAGCGCUGGAACUUCACUAAGAUCAUGAAGCCCAAGUAUCGAUCCCUGUCGUACCCAUUCUUGUUGCCAAAAUCCCACAAAACUGCCAAGGAAUUGACACAUCAGGUUCCGGGCUCCAUGCAUGCUAAUGUUCAGGUUCUUCGCUCUGCUGCUGAUUGGUCAGCUGGUAUUAAAUACCAUGAAGAGUCUAUACACGCUGCAUAUGUGCAUGUGAUUGAACACAGCAAACACUACAUUUACAUUGAGAACCAGUUUUUUAUUAGUUGUGCCGACAAUAAGACCGUUUUUAACAAGAUUGGGGAUACCAUUGCUCAGAGGAUACUUAAAGCUCACAGGGAGAGCAAGAGGUAUCGUGUGUAUGUGAUCACACCUCUGCUGCCGGGAUUUGAAGGCGACAUCUCUCGAGGAGGAGGCAAUGCUUUGCAGGCAGUUAUGCAUUUCAACUACAGGACCAUUUGCAGAGGAGACAAUUCCAUCAUCGGGCAGUUGAAAGCAGAAAUUGGCGAUCAGUGGAUAAACUACAUCUCGUUCUGUGGACUUCGCACGCAUGCAGAACUGGAAGGAAACCUUGUUACAGAGCUGAUUUAUGUUCACAGCAAGUUACUUAUUGCUGACGAUAACACGGUCAUCAUUGGUUCUGCUAAUAUUAACGACCGCAGUAUGAUGGGAAAGCGUGACAGCGAGUUGGCAAUUAUUGUACAAGACAGUGAAACCGUUGCCUCGGUCAUGGAUGGUGAAAUUUACCAAGCUGGGAAAUUUGCCCUGUCACUUCGGAUGCAUUGUUUCAAGCUGAUUCUCGGCUGUCUAAAUGACCCCUCUGUUAAUAUCCAGGAUCCUGUAAGCGACAAAUUUUUCAAAGAGGUGUGGGUUGCAACUUCAGCUCGCAAUACAACUAUUUUUGAAAAGGUUUUCAGAUGUCUUCCUAAUGAUGAAAUACACCUCUUUGCUCAUCUAAAUGACUAUGUCACCAAGCAAGGGCUUACAACAGUGGAUCGUGUGAAAGCACAAGAAGAAUUACAGAGGAUCCGAGGAUUUGUGGUACAAUUACCUUUCUUCUUCCUUGCUGGGGAAAACCUCCUGCCAUCGGUUGGAACAAAGGAGUCUAUAGUUCCUAUGGAAACAUGGACAUGAGCAUGCCUUAUAGUCACUUUUUAAUUUGAAAGAAAGGAAAGAGAUUUCAGGAAAUGUCAAGAAGCAAGAUAUUGCAUUAAGACUUCAAGAGGGCAUGGAAAACUGUGAAAAAAAAUGUAAAAGAAUGUCCCUUAGACUUAAAACAUUGUGUUCAAAUUGUGUCAGAGCAGUUUAUUUUUUAGGGUUUUAUUAAUUGUUUUUAAUUAUUUAUAUAUGAUAUUGUUCACUAAUUUUUAUUGCUAUUUUUAGGACCAUCACGUAUUUUUAUUUAACCAGCGCAAGCGACACGGUACCAGAAUCUCGUAAAUACACAAUGUCUGAAGUGUUAGAUUAUAUUUUAAUAUAUUUAGUCAUUCCAUAUGUGCCAGCAUGUUCUAUAGCCAUAGGAGAGUCCUUAUAAUAUGUUAGUACAAGUGAGAGAGAAUGAAUUUAAACUAGUGUCGAAGGCUGUAUAAUAUAAUGUCUUGUUGUAACCCAGGGUAUAAAGAUUCCAGUACAGUAACUCGAUACAAUAAAUAACUCCGUAUGGUAACUCAAUUAGGAACCCUGAGAUUCCUUAAACCCUACUAAGCUGCUGUGCAAUUUGUUUCUGUUAAGUUCCAAAU